AUGUAACAUGAAUGUUUGGAGCAAGUAUUCUAUCUUUUCUAUAAUCAACUAAGUGGAGGUAAUAGAGGAUUGUAGUUUUAGAAAUAUGAUGUAAAUAGUUGUAAUUAUUACUAUUUAGCAAUAAGAAUUGGUUUUCCAUACAAAACCAAUAAAUACCAAAAUCAAAUUCUUUAAUAUCUAUGAACCAACUUCUAGAAAUAAGGGAUUAGAGUUAAUAAAAGUGCAUUUCUAGAAUGACAUUCAUAUAGUGAUAGGUGGAGGAGAUGGUUCCAUUAUGUGGAUUGUUGGAUUAUUAUUAUAACACUAAAUUGAUCUAAAUAGAUGCAUAAUUAUACCAUUGCCAUUAGGAACAGGCAAUGACUUUGCUAAUACAUUAGGAUGGGGUACUACAGUACCAGCAGAUCUUUUUGGAAAAAAUAAUUAUAUAUUGUAGAAUUAUGUGGAAUAAUGGCUCAUUGGAGCUGAAUCCUUUUUUGAUGUUUGGGAUGUUGAUAUCACACUUAAAAAAGUAUUUAUUUCAUUUAUUUUAGGAUGGAUUCAUUAGUGAAAUCAAAAGACAUUCCAAUAGUGUAGGAGAAAUCAAAAUAUUACUUAAAGAUUCUAAAUUCCAUAAACCUAUGAUAAAUUAUUUUAGUUUAGGUGUUGAUGCUAGAAUUGGAUUUGGAUUUGAUAAAAAUAGAACUGAUAAUCAAUUUUGCAAUAAAAUUGUCUAUUGUUGGGAAGGAUUCAAGAAAAUGUUUCUAAAAACACCCAAAAUCAAUUAAUCUAUCGAAACACUUGAAUAUUUUGAUGAUCAUGAUUAAAUGUAGAGUAAAUUAUUAUUCAAAACCACAUAAAAUAUAGGAUAAAGAGAUUCUAUCACAAUCCCAGGAAAUCCAAUUAAUUUAUUAUGUUUAAAUAUUAAUUCCUAUGCAGGAGGAUUAAAAAAUAUUUGGAUGAAUGCAUAAUAUGAAAAUGGAUAUAAAAAGUAUGAUUUUCAUCCUCCUUCUUUUUCUGAUGGAGUCUUAGAAUUUUUAUCUUUUAAUUCUAUUUUAGGUAUUGGAUCUGAAAGAAUUAUACCUGGCUAAGCCACUAGAUUAAGCUAAACUAAAGGUCCUAUUUAAUUGACUUUUAGAAAAAAUGAACCUUUAAGAACUUAUUUCUAAAUUGAUGGAUAAUAUUUUUCUAUUACCAAUCCUAUAUCUGUUUCAAUAAGAUCCUGUUAAUAACUGUCUUAAGGAAAAAUUAGAGUUUUAAUCAAUAAAGAAGGGAUAGUUUAGUGA